AUGACACCAUCAAAAAAUUCUAACCACUCUAACGCUUCAUCUAACGAUUCUAAUCAUCAACAACAAGAUUCGAAUGAUGAAUCUCUUAGAAACAUCAUUCCAAUCUCAAAGAUUCAAAAACAAAAAACCUUUCAUUUGGAUACAACUUUAAAGAAAGAAUUAGAACGAGAACUUCUUUCAACACAGGUUGAAUCCAUUCCAGAAGAUGAUUCUCCCUUUCUGAGAUUGUCUUCUGAUGGAGAUGAAUCAACACAACUCGAUGACUUUGUUCCAAUUGAAGAGUCACCCUUUGUAGAUUCAAUAUAUUCGCAAGAAGAAUGUCAAUCCUUUGUCGGAGAGGCAUUUGACUCGAUGUAUCCCUAA